AUGGCGAGUGGGAACUCAACCUCAGCAACCGACUUCCUCCUGGCCGGGCUCUUCCCUGGAUCCCCGCAUUCAGCGUUACUCAACGUCGCAGUCAUCUGCAUCUAUAUCCUGGCCUUCCUGGGAAACGCCCUCCUGAUUGUCCUCAUCCUGGGGGACUCCCGUCUCCACACACCCAUGUACAUCCUGCUCAGCCAGCUUUCGCUCAUUGACCUGACGCUGACCUCUACCAUCGUCCCCAAGAUGGCCACCAACUUCUUCACGGGGAGGAGGAGCAUCUCGUGGGUGGGUUGUGGGACACAGAGCUUCUUCUUCCUGAUGCUAGGCAUGUCCGAGUGCCUCAUCCUGACCCUUAUGGCUUAUGACCGCUAUGUGGCCGUGUGCAACCCACUGCGUUACCCCUCCAUCAUGAGCCCCCCAUUCUGCCUACGCACAGUGGUGGGGUGUUGGGCAGGGGGCUCUGCCAGCUCCUUGGUCCACACCGUGUACCCUCUGCACUUCCCCAUCUGUGGGUCCAGGGAGAUCCCCCACUUCUUCUGCGAGGUGCCGGUUCUGAUCAAGCUGUCCUGCGAGGACACCUCCACCUAUCAGUCUGUGGUGGUGGUGACGAGCAUCGUGCUGCUUGUCGUCCCCUUCGGGCUCAUCACAGCUUCCUACAUGCUCGUCUUCCUCUCUGUCCUCCGCAUGAACUCCGUCAAGGGCAGGAGGAAGGCACUGGCCACCUGCUCCUCGCACGUCACGGUGGUGAGUCUCUUCUUCGGCCCCAACAUCUUCAUCUACAUGAGCUUCACGUCCUCACACAGCCCAGAGCAGGACCAGGUGCUCUCCGUGUUCAGCAAUGUGCUCACUCCGCUGCUGAACCCCCUUAUCUACAGCCUGAGGAACAAAGAGGUGGUGGCUGCACUCAGGAAACUGUCGGGGAGACAUGGGGUUCCUAGCAGAGGAGUACAAGGGUGA